AGAUCUCCCAGCUCAUAUUUUAUAAAAGUAAAGUUUGGCACAGUGCAUAAAUUCCAUGAUUCACCUAGAUCUACUUUAAAUAUGCAUUUUGAGAAGGCUGUUCAAAGCUCUACAAUGGUUUCGGUAUACUUUGAUAUAACUCUGCGUUUAUGGUUUACUAUGUCAACCGUACGAAAAUCUUCAUUGGUGUCGAGUCCACUUUUUCCAUGACGGUGGACUGACAACCUUCAACUGUCAGCGGGUUGCGAAUGUGCUGAGGACAACAAUGGCAGCCAGGCUAUCUCCUACGGCGAAUUUGUUUCGCAAAUCUCGACUAUUUGCGCUUCCCCCAACCCUCACUCCUCCAGCCCAAGCCGCAUCCUCGAGCCAAAUCGCCGAAUCCGAUACUGCAACCCUUCCUUAUCCUAUCCGCGCUGCAAUUGUUACCCCAGAUUCAUCACUAGCAAGGGGCGAUUGGGGCCUCAAGCGACCAUUGCCAGCGAAGUCGACGAUACAGAGUUCAUCAACACCCGUUGUGCGGAUCAAUGCACUAGACACGUUUGAGCAUGUCACCGAUUUCGAAUCCGCCGGAGACCAUAUCAAGACCCUGGCGAAAUGGCAGGAACUCUCACUGCCAAUAUCGCUGCCUAAGAACAAUGGAAUUGCGAUACAGGUCGGUGGGGGAAACCAUGAGAGCGUUUUCGAAACCAAAAUAGAUAAUACACACGAAACUCCCAACACACCAGCGCCAGAUUCCAAGCGAUUUAGGUUUGGUGGCCCGUGGGUAGCUGGUCUAACGGAUAUUGAAUUCGAUCGAUACCUAGCAUCCGUUCGCCGCCGAAAGCCAGAAUUUAUGAAGAAACUACGACAACUCGUUGCAGAGGGGAAACUGGCCGAUGCGAGGCGCAAAGCCCGGGAGGGAGGAGAGAAUCUCGACGAUUUACAGAAGCCUCCAAGCAUCAGCGAGAAGGAGUUCCAGACCGCUCUAAGAACUUUGAGAGCCGACCCUACAGCUUUGGGACCGAUAAUCUCCAAAUUUUUGGACCUGCCUCCGCCUCCCCAGACCCCGAGCCACCGGAUCCACCUCAGCAGUUGGAGCGCAGCGCCGUCUGAAGCAUCGUCUGCAGAAUAUGGCCGCCGCGGCCCACCCAAGACUCAUCCUUCGGCAGGUUUGUCUUAUCUACGCACGGGCGCUCAAAUUGUCAACCACCCCGUUGUUGGACCGCAAAAACAUCCACGACCCGUUCCGGCACGAAUUCUUCGACCAAAGCGCCGGCACAGAGGAAAUGCUUACAAAGCUGUAGUUGGAGUGGGAGGUAUCGUCACAGAGGACGUCAAUGCUCAUGCGUUUAGGGAGCACAAUGGCCCCGGGGGAAUCACUGAAUUUGACCCCGAUGUUCCUGGCGGUUCCAAGUACUGGGUCCACCCUGUGCGUGCCUCAGUGACAUCAGAGGGCAAGAUCUCUCUUGCAAUCGAUAGAGCAUCGGACGCCGCCAAAGCGCUUCAUGGCGGUCUCCCUGAAGCAGAGCCACUGCCGGACUAUGUCCGUGGCACCCAACGAACGUUCGACGACUUGGUCACAAAAAGACCUGUGAAUCGGGCCAUGGCGGGUGCGGGGACAAAUAGUAGCCCACAAGACAUACUAAACCUUCUCAAGGAGUCGAAAGAGUCAAACCCGGAUUCCUCGUGAGAUAACAUUCUAGACUGUACAGUACACCCUAAACGUUGGAAGUUGUUAUUUAGAUUUAGCAACAUCUGAAACACAUUUUUCAGCCACCUUCUGCAGAUUACUUUGCAAUCGGAGUUACUUUCUUUCCCUA